GUGCAGAUUAUUCAAUCUAUUCCUCUCGUUUCCAGUCUUCGCAGAACAUAAGUACUCGUCCCAUCCCAUUCGAUGCAGCUCCAUUCCCAAUCUCUAUAAGUGUUUAAGACAAUUCACCAUGCAUUCAUCAACUCUUCUCAGCACUCUCUUUCUCCUCCUCGCCUCUACAGCCCUCGCCAAACCGGCCCCCGACCCAACUUGCUCGUUCGGGGCUUGGACGUGCGACGCCGAUACUACUUCUAUCAUGAACUGUGGCGCCUCAGGCUGGGUCAUUACGGCUAUGUGCAACUUUGGGUGCUGUCGCUCUACGGGAACGAAUGCAUACUGUGGAUGCUAAGUGACUGUGCCGAAGAAAGAGGUCGAUGGACUGGAUUUGGCUGUGGUAAGUGGAAACGUUCUCCGUAGAGCUGGGUGGUGGCUAACUCCGUCACCGACAGGACUUGGUUUGGCAUAGUGUUCAAAAGAUCCAGACUAUUCCAAUGUACAUUUUUGUGAAUACCGGAUAUAAUCUCUCUCAUCAGAGCUGUUACGUUACUUCUAUUGAUCUCGUAAACACCCGUGUCCAGCUGCGUGAUUUCACAGAAGUGGAAAGAGGAGGUACAGAUGCACUACAAUGAAUAAUGUGAAACUUACUCCCAAUGCCGUACG